GCAUCUGUCCCCGUAGGUCUCUGAGCGGAUCUCGCGGGCUUGCGGGCUCUGACACCCUCGGAUCUGGCUCCACCCUCUGCUGGCCCUUGGCUCAGCCCAGCUCGGUUCCAGCUCGAGGAUGCCCAGCUCUCUUCUGUGACCCGCGUCCUUCGCCCAGCCCCUCCUUUUCCCACCAAAGCAAGCGUCCUGGGGCGCUUGUCUCGUCGCCGUGGCUGCUGAGCCCCUGCGUUCGUUAGCAGGAGCCGGGUGGGGACGUCUCUGGGGAUCGUACCGCGGCCCUAGCGCACCGGCUGGUGCCUCUGAGCGCGAGGCAGCUGCGGGCGACAGGGACGCGCAGAGGAGACGCGGCCGGGGGCCGCCUGGAAGGGCAGCGGCGAGGGGCGCGGCGCCGCCGGAGGCUGGGGCAGGGGACCCCGGGCGCGAUGCGGUGAAAGAAGAAAGACCCGGAGGUGACGAUGAGCGCCUCUGCGGCCACGGGGGUUUUUGUGCUGUCCCUCUCAGCUAUCCCGGUCACCUACAUCUUCAACCACCUGGCGGCCCAGCACGAUUCCUGGACCAUUGUUGGGGUUGCUGCCCUCAUCCUGCUCCUGGUGGCCCUUUUGGCUCGGGUCCUUGUCAGAAGAAAACCACCGAGGGACCCUCUGUUUUACGUGUAUGCAGUGUUUGGAUUUACCAGCGUGGUGAACCUCAUCAUAGGCCUGGAGCAAGACGGCAUCAUUGAUGGGUUUAUGACGCACUACUUGAGAGAGGGUGAACCGUAUCUGAACACAGCCUAUGGGCACAUGAUCUGCUACUGGGACGGCUCUGUUCAUUACCUCAUGUACCUGGUGAUGGUGGCCGCCAUAGCCUGGGAGGAAAGCUACAGAACCAUUGGCCUAUACUGGGUUGGAUCCAUUAUAAUGAGCAUUGUGGUUUUUGUGCCUGGAAACAUUGUAGGAAAGUAUGGGACACGGAUUUGCCCUGCAUUUUUCUUAAGCAUACCGUAUACGUGUCUUCCGGUCUGGGCUGGCUUCAGAAUCUAUAAUCAGCCAUCAGAAAACUAUAAUUAUCCCUCAAAGGUUCUUCAAGAAGCCCAAGCAAAGGCCCUGCUGAGAAGACCAUGUGACUUAAUGCUGGUGGUGUGUCUUUUCUUGGCAACUGGAUUUUGCCUAUUCAGAGGCUUGAUUGCUUUGGAUUGCCCGGCUGAGCUCUGCCGACUCUACACACAGUUUCAGGAGCCCUACCUAAAGGACCCUGCUGCCUAUCCUAAAAUUCAGAUGCUGGCAUACAUGUUCUAUUCUGUCCCUUACUUUGUGAUCGCACUUUAUGGCUUAGUGGUCCCUGGGUGCUCAUGGAUGCCUGACGUAACGCUGGUCCACGCUGGGGGUCUAGCUCAGGCUCAGUUUUCUCACAUUGGUGCGUCCCUUCAUGCUAGAACUGCUUAUGUCUACAGAGUCCCGGAAGAAGCGAAACUCUUUUUCCUAGCCCUGAACAUAGCAUAUGGAGUUCUUCCUCAGCUCCUGGCCUACCGCUGUACCUACAAUCCCGAGUUCUUCCUAAGAACCAAGGCAGAUGAAAAGCUGGAAUAAAAUACCUCACGUUGUCUCUGA